ACAGGGACGGAAAAGAGAGGAAGAGAGAGAGAGACAUAGACAUGCACAGAGGAGGAGGAAGAGGAGGGGGAGGCUCCUGAUACCAAGACACGGAAAAGCAGGGGAGGGAAAGAGAGAAAGAGAAAAGGGGCUGGUGGAGAAGGAAGAGCGGGGAGUGGGAGAAAACAGGGGGAAUAACACUUAAAGAAAGCAUACAGAGGAGAGGAAGGACAGUACGUAGUGCUUUGGACAUCCCCUCCUUUCUUCUCUCAGGCUGUCACAAGCAGAUUGGACUCCGAAGGACCGACACCGCGUCCACCCCAGACCCCAUGGGGUAACAGCAGACGUUUGGAGGAGAGGCUUUUGUUCAGCUACACAGAUGAACAACAGGAAGGAGGACAUGGAGAUCUCCUCUCACUACCGUCAGCUCCUCAGAGAGCUCAAUGAGCAGAGGCAGCACGGCAUCCUCUGCGACGCCUGUGUCAUCGUGGACGGAAAGAUCUUCAAGGCCCAUAAGAACGUCCUCCUGGGCUCCUCACGCUACUUCAAGACUCUUUACUGCCAGGUUAAAAAAGGGGCAGAGCCUCACCACCAGACUACUGUCACCCACCUGGACAUCGUCACGGCAACAGGCUUCAAAGCUAUACUGGACUUCAUGUACUCGGCGCAUCUCGCCCUCACCAGUAAGAACGUGAUCGAAGUAAUGUCAGCUGCCAGCUACCUUCAGAUGACGGACAUUGUCCAGGCCUGCCACAGCUUCAUCAAAGCUGCACUGGACAUCAGCAUCCGCUCUGAGAUGGCUGAUGAACUGGCUGACUUUGAGAUGGGAGCUGUCGCUGCCGCUGGCAUAGGUGGAGGUGGAGGAGGUGGAGGAGGAGUGGGCAUAACAGGAGCCGGGGGUGGUGCGGGAGCAGGUUUGGGUGGAGGAGGAGGGAUAGUAGGCAUGGCUUCUGAAGCGCUGGCGUCCAUCAUGUCUGGUCGCAGCACCUCCCCUUGGCUGGCGCGCCGCACCAGCCCGGCCAACUCUUCUGGGGACUCGGCCAUCGCCAGCUGCCAUGAGGGAGGCAGCACUUAUGGCAAGGAGGACCAAGAACCCCCCAAGAGCCAUGAGAGCCAGGAGGAAGCCUGCCACGACUCCCAGCCCGCCUGGCCGCAUGACUACAGGCCUGUCACCGUCAAAGAGGAACAGGUGUCCCCCGCCUCCUCCUCUCAUCCCCGGGACACUCCCAGGGGGGCAGCCCAAAGCCAGGGGGAGCAAGGGACUGGAGGGGCUGCUGGAGGAGGUGGAGAGGGGCCCUGGCAACCCCUAUCAGGGUCAGGGCGGAGGAAGAACAGGAAGAACAAGGACACUGUCAGGCAUAUUACCCAGCAGGCUGAGAGGAACUGGGACAGGGAGCGGGACAGGGAGAGAGACAGGGACAGUAGGCCUGGAUCUCCUCUUCCGUCCAUGCUGGCUGUGGCUGGGUGGAACUACAACGGACAAGAAAUCCCAGGGGCAGACGUGACCGAACCCAACAGCUCAGACAGCCGCGGCGAACGCCUCGACUUCUUCCUCAAACAGGAAGAGCCUCUCACCACAGAGCCCAGCUACCUGGGUCCCAACGAAUCGGAGGAGGCCGGGGGAGGAGGCGGGGGCGGAACGAUCUCAUCUGUAGCCAAUCUGAAGGCGGCGCUGAUGAGUAAGAACAGCCUGCUGUCUCUGCGGGCUGAGAUGAUGGGAGAUGAUAACCCCUUGCUGUACGAGUACCUGCCCAAAGGAGCACACUCCCUGUCUUUGAAUGACUUCACGGUGAUCCGUAAAAAGUUCAAGUGCCCCUACUGCAGUUUCUCUGCUAUGCACCAGUGCAUCCUAAAGAGGCACAUGCGCUCCCACACUGGCGAGAGGCCCUACCCUUGUGAAAUCUGUGGCAAGAAGUUCACCAGACGGGAGCACAUGAAGAGGCACACACUGGUCCACAGCAAAGACAAGAAGUACGUGUGUAAAGUGUGCAGCCGAGUCUUCAUGUCAGCAGCCAGCGUCGGAAUCAAACACGGCUCACGUCGCCACGGCGUCUGCGCCGACUGCUCCGGCCGAGGCAUGGCCGCGCUGCUGGACCACAACGGGGAGGUGGGAGGAGACAUCUCUCCGGAGGAGGAGCUGUAUCCUGGCGACCGUUUCCACGACGACCAGGCGGAGUGCGACGGCGACGGCGAAGGGGAGGAGGAGAUGAUGGUGGAAGGGGACGGGGAGAUGAUGGGAGAAGGGGAGGAGGAAGGAGGGAAGUGGAAGGACUCGGGGAUGACCGCCGAGGCGCACGGAACACUGGACAAUGAGAAGGAGGAGAGUGACUCCUCGGCACAGGAGGGCGAGCAGCAGAACGGGAGCGAGAGGGACUUCGCCUGGAUCUCCUAGAAUCUGUCAGGCUCCCGUUAGCGGCUCAUCAACCAAUCUCUGAAGAUCUCUUGCGAUCUCUCAGGCAGAAUCCUCUGCUCUCUUUACCCAUUCGUCCCACCGUGGGCCGGCCUUCCUUUGAAUGGAAAUGCUGAAGGGUGACGCGCGACAAUGAUCUAAAACCAUUACGAGUAACGCACUCAAAUGCACACACACACACACACAUACACACACCCACACUUAGGCUAUUCUCAACCUUGACUGCCAUAGUAGAAGAAGAGUGGUCAAGAGAUGGCUCGAGUGCAAGGCUUUUUCUGCUUACCUCCUUUACUUCUGAUGCAGUGUUUUUGUGUUUCUUUUUCUUGAGGGUUCAGGCCAGAGUCCAGUAGUUUUCUACUCUGUCACAACAGAAAUCAACGAGGACGCUGCCAAGGACACGGCCAAUGCUAGACUGCAACUUUGUAUGUUUGCCAUCACAAUCACCAUGGAAACCAAGGAUCACUGACAGUGUAGGGAAAAAGCCAGGAGGGAGAGAAAGGGGGGGGAGGGGGGGGGUUGUCUUGGUCCCACCUCGGCUGUAAUGUUUCUGGGGGAAAGUGUCUCUCUGUGAAUGAAGGGAGAGUCUAAAUCUAUUGCAAAGCUACGCGUGUCAGAGGACCGGGCAGCCCGAUGGCACAUUGUCGAUGCAGAGUCCUACUGCCACAGACUUGCACUUUAAUGACAACUGACUCCUAUCAAAGCCCUGAACCCGUGGUUUACAUUUUUGAUCUGAUCUUUACUUACCUAAACAACUCGGUGACCGCACCUACCUUUAAGGAUAUACUUUAUGUCCUCUUGACUGUUAUCACGAUAUAGAAAUCACUGAAUCUUUGUGCAGAUUGCUGUUUAUAUAGCCUAUGCCUUUUCAGUGGGGUCCUUAAUCUUUUCUUCACUUAAGUUUAACAUGGUUUCUAUCAAUCCAUUCCAACAAAUACUGGAGCUUUGACUAAUGUACAUACGAUUUUUUGGGAUUUAAAAAGGAAAGGGAAGUGUGUGUGAGACAGAGAGAGACAGAGAGAGUGUAUGUCAGAGUUUAUACACAGCGUGGAUACAGCUUCCCCGUUUGGAAAAUCAACAAUGGAUCCACAUGACCUACGCUAUUAACUCUUUCUGUCUCUCUAGCUGUCUCCGGUUCAGCUUCUCUCGCAGUGGAGGUUGCGACGAUCGGACCUGAGAGCCACGUCUCUCACACUGAAGGAGGAGCUGCCUUUGUUUCAAAAAUGUUCUUUUAUUUUUUUUUUUUUUCCAGUCAUGUAAUUCCAGUUUCUCAACACAGAAUAUGCAGCCUCUUUCCAUGGUUUAUAUUUCCUUUCGGUGAAAUGUUUUCUCCGGCUCUGUGAGGUUAAAAGAAGAGGAUCAAAAAUUGUGCUUGAAAUUUUCCGAGUUUGAUAUUCGUAGAGAGUGUAAUAUUAAUUUGUUUUGUUUAACAGCUAUUUAUUGAAAAACCUGUUUGUGGAUUUCCUCCUUUUUUUCCCCCCUCUCCUCUCUUUCUCUCUCCUUCUCUCUCUUUCUGUGUGUGUGUGUGUGUGUGUGUGGCUGGCUGUAUGGGUGUUUGAACGCAAGGAAGUUUGAGUGUCCAGUGUCCAAAAAAAAAAAAGUCUAUAUUGAUUUCUUAAGAUUAUUUCCAUGUUUUUCGGCGAUGUUAUUGACAAUUCAAGUGAGGCAGAUGACGUCUUAUUAUUCUAAUUAUCAGAACAAUGAUUACUGUUGUUGAUGUUACUAUUAUUAAUUAUUAUUAAGUGCUGGAUGCUAAGCUUUAUUGUGUGUUCUUUUUUUGAUAUUUUCUAUCUUGUAUAAGAAAAAAAAGCUUUUAUACUUUGCCUUGUUGUGGACAGCAAGCCAUAAGGCUUUUAUCAACCUUUUAUUGUGCCAGUUUACGCUUUUUCUGUCGUAUUUGCUUUUUUUACCGAAGGGGGAAAAAACAAUUUCACUGUCAAACUUCUCUGUUAGAUAUUGAUUGAAACAUAUAUUCAGCACACGCUUUUUGCAUCACUAAUGUACACUAAUUGAUUAAUAUCGAACCAAAAACAAUCUAGUACCUUGUAUACAUGAAGUGCUUUUGUUUCACAGUCCAUGUGUGCAGGUGCUCUUUUUGGAUUUAUUGUCGUGGUUAAACAGUUUUUCGUUGUUGGGUUGUUUUUAUUUUUUGAACCUGUCACUAUUUGUCACAGUUUGAAAAAAAAAAAAGUGCACAUGUUAUGGUAUUAUUGUGAAUAUGAAGAAGGGCUGUGUGAAAGGACCGGCUAGCUUUUUUUGGAAGAUCGCAUCUUAAAAAAAAGACGGAUUUGAUUUUGGAUUUUCUUUUCUAGUUUCUACUGUCUCACGCCUCGCAUGACACACAAUCACGUAGAAACGCAGCACGCAGACGAAACGCUCCUCUCAGGCCGCGUUGAGGCUGCGUGCUGCGUUUCUACCUGCCGGUGCUUUACUGGCUUGAAUCGAGUUCGUUUGCAACAAAAAGGGAAAGUGAGUGCUGCAGUAGUAACUCUGGGAAACAUUUUGCCGCCUGUCUGCUACAGGUGCCAUGGACUGCACUUCCCAUCAACCCCCACUGAGAAACUCUCAUUUGAUUUGUGAUGCUUUCUUCAUGUCUGGCAGUUAUUUUGUUUGUAUUAUUUAUUGUUUUUGUUCGACCCAUUUAUCGAAAUCUUUGGGUGGAGAUUAAAAAAAAAAAAAAGGAGAAAGACAAUGGGGUAGGAUUUUUAUGAAUGUCAAUGGUGGGUGUGGAAGGAGCCCAUGAUCGGUGACAAAUCUCUGUCCUGUGGUGCCGUUGUGGCCACUGAGAGACAUCUGGAUGUAUGUGUGACUCCCCGGCCCUGCGCUCUUCUCACGACCUGUACUGUAUGUCUUCUUCCUCAUACUGGGUUGUACUUCAGGAAAACGUCUGCCAUCAACCCCUCGAUAUGUGCCUCAAUGACAUUUCACCCGUGUGCUUGUGAGAGUGUCUGUUUCCGAGAGAUGGAUAUGUGUUUGUGUUGAAGGAUAAAGAUUACUAAGAUGCGACUGAUCAGAUUAGAGGUGCAAAAUGUUUUUGUUUUUAUUUUGUUCGAGGAUAAAACUUCAAAGAGACAAAUCAUGAUGGGCGACUAGAUUCUCCUUCCCACCGUGUGUUGAUGACCUUCUGUGCCCUGAUUCUGUGGUCUUAACUGCAUGCCUGUGCUCAUUUUGUCAUACCAAAGCGACGUCUUCGGCAUCUGCACACAACUGUCUCAUUCCACACGAUGCAAAACUGGAACUGUUUGCUCAAUUGCAGAUGAAUAUGGGUAUUCUUAGACGUGUACAAAUUGCAAUCCUCAUUUAGCCUGUAUAGCUUGAUUCACACGUGCAAAUCAUGAAGCCAUAGAUAUGGGUAUAUCUAUAUUAUACUAUAUUUCAAAAUUGGCGCUUUUUACUUUAGAUUUUGUUCUUCUACUAAGAGUGAUGUGUGUAUACCUUCAUAUAUAUGAAUUUAUAUUACUAUUAUAUAUUAUUUAUUUUCUCUCAAGUUUCAGAGGGUCUUUGAUUUGUAAAAGGUCACACUUGAAGCUUGAGGUUUGUUUAUUUUCAUUGGGAAUAUUGUUCAAUAUGAUACUGACUUUAUAUUGAUGAUUAUCAUAAACCUGUGUUUGUAACAAAAUGUGUUAAAUAAUCAACAAAAAAAAAUACCUGUCCUGUUUUUACACCUGUUUUGUUUCCGGGCAGAUUUAAGUGCUCUUGUGCAGAUAUUUUUUCGGUUGAUAGUACUGAUCACAAAACAUUUUUACAGCCAACCAUGAGCCUCCUGUUUUGAUGUUGGGGCUGGCCCACCCGGCCGUCCAAGCCUCUUUCUAACUUCAUGUUUAGUGGAAGAAUUAGCUUGACUAUUAUUUGCAAAAACCAAUCAGUCUCAAUAAAUUUUGAAAUUGCUGCUGUAAAGAAGUGACAUGUGUGU